AUGGCAUCGCGCUCGCUGAUCCAUGCUGGAUUCCUCCUGGCCUUGAUUUUCUUACCAGAGUUCCUUGGGGCCAUACCGCUGGAGCCGCAAAAGGAGGAGGAAGUUCAUGCGGUGACAGAAGAUGUGAAGGCUGAAGUCAUGGCCAACCUGAAAAAACUGGUGCGACAAAGGAGGAACGCACCUGUUGUGGCAGUGCCCCAGUUCCAACGUCUCCCCGACUUCUGGGGCUGGUACAAGUACUUCAUGGACAGUCACAACCAGGAAGGGGUUGAGGAUUUGGACCGUCUGUAUAUGGCGUACCUCCAGAACAAGCAUAGGUCUGAGGAGGGCCCCACCUUUAAUCAUUACCUCACACACCUGAGCGAAAUCUACAAAGCCUGUGCUGACUCUGACGACCCAGAAUGCAUCUCUGAGUCCACCAGCAAGCCCAAGGCGGCUGUAGUGAUGCCAGCCCCCAUCAAGUCCGCCGCUGUCCGGAUGUGCAACCCCUACAUCGACCCAUACUGCCUUUUCCCGUUGACCUCCAAGGCCGCCGCUCCCGAACCGGAGCCGGCCCCUGUUAAGGCGCCUGCCCCUAUCCUCACCCCCAUGCUGCCCAUGCCCCUGAAGAGCCCUACAGGCUUUUACUACUAUGCCCCUGUCCUGGAGCCAUUCCUGAGCCACGAGCAAAAGGCUGAGCUGCUGCGAAUCUGCAACCAUGAGGACGUAGAGUGUCUCCAGUACCACCUGAGGGCAGCGUACGGCUACCGCCCCGCCCCGGGUCCCGCGCCGUCAUACGCUGCCCUCAAAUGCGACCCUAAGGACCCUUACUGCAGGCCAAUCUUGGCACAAAAAGCUCCCUCUGGGUACUAUCACCUACUCAGCCCAAGCUGCGACCCUGCUGUGGAUCCUCUUUGCGUGGGCGACGUCGCACCCGCCGGCCUGGCUGCUGACUCGGCGCCUCAGGAGCAGCACUGUAACCCGUUGUUCGACGCCGGCUGCAACCCGCUGACCGCCACCAAGCUGUCUAGCCUUACCAAGCCUGUGCUGGAGUACACCGCAAAAGGCCAACCCGCUCACGUCGCCGCUCCCCUGACCUGCGACCCCCGCUAUGAUCCCUACUGCAUACUUAAAGUCGCCGCUGCCCUGCGCAAGCCCCAACCACAGCUCCCAGAGCAACAGGUCCGCUACAAGCUGGGCAUCCCCGGCAAGACCAAGGAGGGCUACGAUUGCUAUGUGCACUAUGACAAAGACUGCACCCCGACACAGCCUCAGCUAAAAGCCAAGGCUCUGACCGAGCCCCGCUGCCACCCCUUCGACCCCACCUGCGGGAAGUUUUCGGCACCUGCCGCAGUCCAAGCCCGGGGAACCGGCCAGGGCGACAUCAUCUUUCCCGACCCGGACUGCGACCCUGAGCUUGACUACAACUGUCGACUGCGCCGAGCUGAUGCUUCUGAUGAGAAAGUGGCGGAAAAGCUCGCCAAAGAACCUAAGAAGGCCACAAAAUCCAGCGUUCGCUACUAUGACUUCCUUCGUGGCCUCAUGAGCCAGCGCAAGUAG